AUGUUUUGUUUUUUAGCACCAAAAAUCCCGCUGGCGCCUUUGGAACCGCCUCCACGACCGCCAGCACUUUCCGUACAACCCUCAGAAGCUCUAAUCGUUUGUCCGGAACCAGUUGCGCCACCUACUCAUCGUACCGCUCCUCCACCUCCUCGGCCACCACCACCUAGAGUUCCUCCACCUCCACCACCUGUAGGAUGGCAGAUUCCACCACCUGUACCUCCUCUCCCACCAAUUCUUAUGCCUUCGCCACCUCUCAACGAUGCGCGAAGCCGAACUAGUUCCUCCUCUGUGUCAACUCCAUCACCUCCAGUACCUCCUCGUCCAGCACACAAAGCCCAUAUGCAAACCAACGAAGUUGAUGGUCUUUACGACACAAUGGCGAGCAACAAGGCGGAGCAGUUGUAUUCUCCUACGCGUAGAGUGGAUGUUAUUGAGAAUCCUAUCUAUAUGUCAAUGUUUUCUUUGAAAAAGAGAUCGUUGGCGAAAGUUGUGGAAAAGCCGGAGACGAACGGAGUUGCGCAAGAUGCUCCAACCGCGCAGGAGAUGCCAGCUGUGCAGGAGACACCAGCCACCCGGGAGAUCCCAGCCACGCAUGAUAAAGAAUUGCCGCCUACGCCUGUUGAAAACAGAUCGCCAUCACCUUCAUCCCCUAUUGAGUUGGACUACGCUGUCUUGGACAAGGGAAACAACAGGUGAGG